CCUCUUGCUUCCAAAGCCACAUGGCCCCAGCCAACACGGUUCUCUCGCAAUGCCCAGGAUGAGCUUCUUAAGCAUGUACAUAAUCUCACAAGGUAUGCCAAUCCAACUCAAAGCUUAGUCAGUAGAUUAAGGGGCCCAUUUGUGCAAGAGUGUUCUGAGAUGCCAUUAAAAUUCUUACAAAAACUGAAAGUGAAAUGAGGAAGAUGGAUUGAGCAAUCCCAUAGAAGGGUGAAUGCCAGUAAAACCUGUUGUACAGUAGGGGCAGAGAUGCAGCAAGGGAGAAAAGAAGAAAAUUCGGGAGAACUCUCCUGCCUGGGGGACUCAAGCUCUGUGAUGUAUUAAAUAUAGGACAUCAACAAACACCGAUAACAGGAAAUGAUCCAUUCCCUGUGGUCACUUAUUCUAAAGGCCCUAACCUUCAAAGUUCAAGUAGCAAAAUGGAUGACUCCACAGAGCAGUUACUCCUUUCUUCUUGCCUUGCGAAAAGAGAAGAAAUGAAAGUGAAGGAGUGUGUUCCCAUCCUCCCCCACAAGGAAAGCCCCUCUGCUUGGUUCUCUAAAGACGGAAAGCUCCUGUCCAUGACCUUGCUGCUGACCCUGCUGUCCUCCUGCCUGACAGUGGUGUCUUUCUACCAAGUGGCCACCCUGCAAGCAGAGCUGCUCAGCCUCCAGGCGAAACUGCAGUCCUACCAAGCUGAGCAGCUGCCAGCACCCUCCAAAGCAGAAGCAGGAGCCCCUGCGGCAGCUUGGAGGGAAACUCCAGCUGACACCCCUGGACUGCAAGGGAUCUUGGCACCACCAGCCCCAGGAGAAAGCAACUCCAGUCAAGGUGGCAGGAGCAAGCGGGCUGCUCAGAGUCUGGAAGAAACAGUCACUCAGGACUGCUUGCAACUGAUUGCAGACAAUGAAACACCUACUAUACGAAAAGGCUCUUUCACGUUUGUACCAUGGCUUCUCAGCUUUAAAAGAGGAAGGGCCCUAGAAGAGAAAGAAAAUAAAAUAUUGGUCAAAGAAACUGGUUACUUCUUUAUCUAUGGUCAGGUUUUAUACACGGAUAACACCUUUGCAAUGGGACACUUAAUACAGAGGAAAAAAGUCCACGUCUUUGGGGAUGAAUUGAGUCUGGUCACUUUGUUCCGAUGUAUUCAAAACAUGCCGGAGACACUACCCAAUAAUUCCUGUUAUUCAGCUGGCAUUGCAAAGCUGGAAGAAGGAGAUGAACUUCAACUGGCAAUACCACGAGAAAAUGCUCAAAUAUCCCAGGAUGGAGAUGGCACAUUUUUUGGUGCGUUGAAGCUGCUAUGACCUACUCACACCACGCCUGCGGUUAUGAUCUUCCCUGUCUCGGUGCCUCUAAGGAGAAAAUGCUUAACUGGAAAUGCCAAAGGAAAAGAAAAAACGGUAGUCACCAUAGCCUUUCCUGUGAUGUGUUUGGUUUGGUUUGCUGAAGCUAGACCAAAACAGGAAAUUUAACAGCCAGCCACAGCCAGCGUGCCACGUGAAUUACGAGAACUAGAGCACAUUUAAGGAAAGAUAGAAUUAGACAAACUUUUCGCUAUAAUGACAUAUUGAACAAUUUGGUCAUAGCUUCUUGCCUUGGAAGAUGCACACGAUUGAAAGGGGGCAAUAACAAGUUCUCCAAAAGUGGUAGUCCGUAAUUUACAAGCGCCCACAUCUAUAGGAUAUUAAGAAAUUUUUGUGAAAUCUCAGUGUUUUCUUCUAUUUUUAUGUUAAUUACAUCCUUACUUUUCCGGUUAAAAUUGUGGGAAGUAAAAAAAAACCUUCUAGAACCUUGCAUGAGAUGCAAGAAGUGACUAAAGUUUCCAUUUAAAUGUAAAACAGUUGGACCAAAAAUAGGAUGCACGUGCUAUUUAAGUCUUUUAGGUUUAUUUCAAAUUUACAGUUUUUAUUACUAAUAUUAUACGUUCCUGAUGGGCUUUUCCCAAAUACUCUUCACAGGAGGAAAAGACUCCCCUCAUGUGUAUACACACCCAUGUGCAUUUUUUGUAGUUAAUUUCAGUUCCUUCAGAAAUUUUUUAUGUAGGACAUUGCCAAUUCAUGCAUAUGUAAAGCAGUAAUUGAAAAAGCAAUUGUAAUCAUUCAUAUGUUAAAAACAAAAUCUCCAAUAGAAGUUAAGAGAGACGAGAGACGUUUAUAAUAAUGGAGUAUUGUUUCCCUUUAUUUUCUGUUAUUUUGUUCCGAACUGCUGCUACUGUCGUUCACAUAUUCCAGCUUUAAAAAAAAACAACGUACGUUAUUAGCUUUACAGAAUUUGAAGCUUAAUUAAAGUUCCUGAAACCCUGAAGUCUGUUAUAUGCCAUGUGCUGAUUAUAAAGAUUAUGGUUUACUGGAAGAUAUCAUCUUAAUUUUCACUUUAUAAAGAGUUAUACUUGAGAAUGCUGUAAUACUUAUCUUUUAUAACAUCAGUUUCCUUUUAUUUUGCUUGGCCUUUUUUUUUUU